AUGCAGCGGAGCCUUAUCUUGUCUAUUUUUUUCGUUCUAGGACAGGAACAUUCUGCCACUGCAGGCGGUGCAUCGCAGCCAUCCUAUUGCACUUUGGCUAUGUUCCAUCCACCAGCGGAUCCAAAUACCACACCCGCUGGUUUGGGGUAUGUGUCCAGUGAUGGCCACCUCUUUUCAUGCAGGAAUCCUGUUGUUAUGCAACAAGCAUUCCAUGUAAUAUUUGUAAUUGACAGAUCGGGUUCCAUGGGCGCUACUGAUCGACGGCCACUAGCAAAUGCUCCGGCCUCCAACAGAAUUACGCAACGGGCGAAUAAUAGGUUAGGUGCAGUAUAUUCCUCCUUGCAUAGCUUCUGGUCUGCACGCGAAGCAGCUGUCACCCGAGGUCAACAAAUAGCAGCUCGCCGAGAUUCGUACAGCGUCAUCUUGUUUGAUCAUACAAUGACGGUCGGCGUCGUCAAUGACUUCACUAGUUCCCCAGACCAACUUCUCGAUACCGUAUUGCAGUACAGAGCGAAUGGUGGUACAAACUACACUGCAGCUAUCCAACAGGCACAGGCGGUCAUUGAGCAAAACUGGAGCACAGAACGGUAUGUUACGGCGCAUAAACUAGAGGUCGCGUACUCAUCGACAAUAGGACUCCUGUUGUGA